AUGGCUGGAUCAAGUGCCUCUGAGGUCAUCUUCAUCUCUGUCAAUCACAACAUCACUCUGAUGGGGAAGGUGUGGCUCAUUGUCAUGAUCUUCCUCCGCAUCUGCAUCCUCCUCUUUGCUGGUUAUCCUCUCUACCAGGACGAGCAGGAGCGCUUUGUGUGUAACACCAUCCAGCCCGGCUGUGCCAACGUGUGCUACGAUCAUUUCUCUCCUAUCUCUCUCUUCCGUUUCUGGCUGGUGCAGCUCAUCACCUUGUGUCUGCCUUCUAUGAUCUUUAUCAUCUACGUGGUCCAUAAAGUCUCAAACUGCCUCACUGUGGACCUGGGUCAAACCAAAGCCUUGUUCAAGGUCCACCAGGAGCCUUUGAGCAAGACGUCGGUAAACAAGCUGCCUCUGGUGGCUGAGCCAGGGUGGGCCCGCUGUUUCACAGGAGCCUACCUCCUCCAUCUGCUGUUCAGAACGCUGCUGGAGGCAGGGUUUGGGGCGGCUCACUACUAUCUGUUUGGUUUCUACAUCCCCAGGAGGUUCCUGUGCCAGCAUCCACCCUGCACCACCCAGGUGGACUGCUACAUCUCCAGGCCCACUGAGAAGACCGUGAUGCUCAACUUCAUGCUCUGUGUGGCUGCUCUGUCCCUUUUCCUCAACGCCUUGGAUUUCAUCUGCGCCAUCAAGCGCUCUGUGAGGCAGAAGAGCAAGAGGAAGAUGGUGGUGAAGAAGAUUUAUGAGGAAGAGCAGUGUUUCAUUUCAGAAAGAGGAGCCACUAAAGGAUUUGACCCAAAUACUCCGCUGGCUCAGCCAGAUCUAGAGGCCGAGGCUGUUCAGACAGGGAGUUUCAGGAAGAGGAGAGGCAGCAAGGGUUCUUUUAGAGAGGCAAGGGGGGAGGCAGCCUGCCUGGCCUCUCCUCCACCUCCAACCUGCAACACCAACGGGAACAACGCUUAUUCUGUUUCCCAAGAGGAAGCACCGGAAAGGAAUGGCAGCGAGGUGGCUCUCUGUCCCCCAGAGCCAAUGGGGACACCCAGAUCCAUCCGUGUUAGCAAGCGUGGUCGACUAAAACCGCCACCUCCGCCCAGACGGGACCUUGGUUUAUCCUCUGGGGAGCCUGCAUGGUCCUUUGGGGAUGUUUCCACAGCAACAGCAAUCUGUACCCGAAGAGUGGGUCAGUAUACGUUGGUUGAGCUAGGCAGUGGUGCAGAGCAACAGACCAACGAUGACGGGCAGGAGAAUAGAUCAGAGUGGGUGUGA